GGGGGACAUUACUAUACUUAUUGUCGAGCACUUCUCUCCACCCGUGACGCGCACAAGGACUGUUAUGUUUAUUUAAGCAUUUUAUUGUUUUAUUUCUCAAUUUUCCUUUAGUUUACACAUUUUUCAUCGAGAUGUUCGGAAGCAAGUUCGGGGACCUUACCGAUGACCCCUUCUUCUCAGACCCAUUCCGAGCACACCAGGAAAAUGCACGCCAGAUAAUGCGAAGUUUCUCUGAGCCAUUUGGCGGACACUACAUGCAGAGCAUCAUGGAUGGCAGAAUGGGCAGCCAUGAAGCGGAGGAGACCCCGGCACUAAGAGGCGAACAUAGGAGUACCCGGAGAAAAGCCAGAGAAGAACAUUCAAACUCCCCACAAGAAGGAGGAAGCCAAAUGAUUCGAACUCCCGACUUCAGAAAUGAUAUGGCCACAAACCCUUUCAACAUGUUCGACAGCAUGGUGACCAACGUGAGGAGCAGCAUGGACGGGAUGUUAAGAAACUUUGAGAACAUGUCCACAGACCCCAACGCUCACUCGUUCAGCUCCUCAUCACUCAUGACGUAUUCCAAGGUUGGAAACGAACCCCCGAAGGUCUUCCAUGCUUCGUCGUCGACACGCCAGGCCCCGGGAGGUGUGAAGGAGACUGUGAAAGCCGUGAGAGACUCUGAAAGCGGCCUGGAGAAGAUGGCCAUCGGCCACCACAUAAAAGACAAAGGGCACGUCGUUGAAAAGAAAAGGAACAAGAAAACAGGAAAUAAGGAGUUCCAACAGGACUUCCAGAAUUUAGAUGAAUCUGAAGCGCAGUCCUUUGACGAGGAGUGGCAGAAGGAGUUUUCCAAGUUCAGGCCGUCUGGCUCCAUGGCUCAGCUAGAGCCGUCCCGACGUCGCAGAGGUCAGCAGGCAAGUCUAGCUGGUCCGGAGCCAAGCCGCAGUGAACAACCCAAGUCCAAAAGUAAAGGUAUCCUGAAAGCUUCCAACUCGCCAAAGCAGUAAAAUCAUCAACAUCUCCGCAAGUGCUCUCACGAAACACACACACACAUCCACAAAUGAUGGCAUUAUCCCCGUGACUUAAUUGGAUAGAGCCGACCCAUAAAUUGAAACAUUUUGAUAUGCUUGGCAACGUGACUGUUAAGCUGCUGCUUCUGCUCCCAUCUCCUUAUUUUCAAUUGUCACAUUUCCAACUUUGGUCGCAGUGGCACAAAGGUUGAGGAAGUUAGGAAAUGACGCGUUGCCGAUGACAGAAUAACGGUGAAUUUAGUGAGCUGGAUUCUGAACGAGUGGACCAAUCGGUGGUCUCCAAAGCGAUAGGUGAGAGAUGUAUAGUAAGUGGCAGCUCUGCGACGCCUGAACUUAUAAUAGGGGCAAUUUUAUCAGACAAGACAGUGUUUUUGUUUUUAAGAAGAGCAAAGAAUAGUUUGUGAUUUUUUAGCAAAUGUUUUCCACUCUUAGCUCACGAGACAUUAGCUGUUGACUGAUUAGUUGAUGGGAUGAAUGCGAAGGGCUGUAAAGGGCUUGAGUUGACUGACUUAGGAGCCACAAAUGCAUUUAAAAUAGGUUGAACGUAUCUCGUCGAGUAGCUGAAAUGUUUUGUGUCCGCUUUGUACAAAGAGUAAUUUCUUUCCCUUUU